UCUCAGUGAACUCCCCGCUGAAGCCGCCACCCACCAAUGUACCCAAGGAGAACACAGGCGCUACUCCGGGAGGACGCAAGGGAUCGAUUUCUCAGGGUCAUAUGAACAACUACAACACCUCGUCCCCAAGCUCGAAUCGCCCGGGGCCUAGGCGUCGGGAGACCGGCGAUUCGAUCGGUAACCCUAUGUCUCCUACCACGGGCGGUUCUCGAUUCUUCCGUGACGAGCCGAAUACGGCUACCCCACCCCCGUCUCUCCUCCGUCGCAAAACAGAUUUUCGGGACACGUCGUCCACCGCUCGGUGGGAAGAGAAGGAGAAGGAAUCGGCUCGGGAUGUGACCUCGGAGGCCUCCUCGCCGUUUAAUUCCUUGAAACGCAGCUCGACUAAUCCUCUGAGUGCAGCACCGGGGACAACCAGUUCGCCGUGGGGCUCGGCUUCGCAAAAUGCCAGCUUCUCGCCCAUGGGGGCCUUCGGAGCGUUCUCUCUCGGCACGAACCCCACGGAGAAAAAACCAGGCUUUGGCAGCCUUCGCGGGGAAAGUCGCCUGAAGGGCCUCUUUUCGAAGGAUAGCUCGGAGGAUAUAUCAGCUGCGGUGAAGGAAAAGCCGUCCAUGAGCAAUCUGGAACGCUUGGCAGGUGAGGGUGAGCCGCGCUCGCAGUCGCCGUGGGGGGAAACUCUCAAAACCCGCACCGGACGGAGUGAGACGAACCCAUUUCAGGAGGAACCUCGGAGCGGCAGUGCUGCACUGGGGGGAUCUCAGGAACUUCCAUCCCAAGGCGCCGACCCGACCGGAUUCGCCGCGUUUGGAAUGACGUCCAGUAUCCCCGGCUUUCGAGAGCUGAUCCAGAGCCACGAGAACUCGCGUAAUCCCACCCCCAGUUUACUCCAGGGUCAUGAGCCCACCAGCCCGACCAAUACGAACCCGUAUCAAAGCCCCCAUGGGGACAGAGGCGACGUCGAUGAUGUCGAGACGGACGGCUCUGAUAUCCAAACCUCGCACCAUCCUGGCCUCACUGGACUGCGUGACACGACUGCGUUUGGCUCGAUCAGACGAGUCGGGUCGGGCAUGGACUUGCCUUCGAUCGAUCGGAGCGCGACGUCCAGCGUGGCCGGAAACCGCAGCUUCUCCAGCUUGGGUGGUUUGGGUGGCCUUCCCUCGAUUGGAGGGGCGGCCGGAUGGCCUGCAAGCGGUGCCAUUGGCACUCCAACCAGGGAACGAUCUGCUUUUGGCGGCGGCGGCGGCGCCUUUGGUGAUCCCAUCUUUGGCACGAUGGCUGAUCUCCAGUCCCCUAGUUUGUCGACCCUGGGAGGAGGCGGCCUCUUCAGCCCUGGCAUCAGUGGCACCGGCAGCAUCGGGCGCUCGAGCAAGCUAGGGUCUCUCUUCCCUGCGGCGAUGCAGGAGCAGAUGCAAGGCGAUCAAGCACGGGCUGAUCUUGGCAGCCUGGACGAUGGCUCCCGGCAACCAGAUCCCCAGCAGGCAGACAAGUCUGGUCAAACCAACCCACCUACCACCGCGUCUACUUCCCAGACUCCUGUCUCUGCCGUGGGCUCCAUCCCCACGUCCAUGGCCCCUGACGUACCUCCACCUAGUCAGACUCCCGGACAGCCUGGAAGCAAUGGCGGCUCUGUUCCUCCUGCUCAACAGCGGACUAUGGUGAUGCCCGAUCGUAUGCGCUGGAUUUACCGCGACCCACAGGGGAACAUCCAGGGUCCUUGGACGGGCCUUGAAAUGCACGAUUGGUUCAAGGCAGGCUUCUUCAGCCCUGACCUGCAGAUCAAGAAGCUCGAGGACCCAGAAUUUGAACCGCUGGCUCAGUUGGUGCGGCGCAUCGGCAAUUCGCGCGAGCCCUUCUUGGUUCCUCAGAUCGGGAUCCCUCAUGGACCCGAUCCGAACCCUGGUCACUGGACCGGAAACACGGCGGGUGCUGCUCAGCCUCCCUUCCCUGGCAGCUUCCCGAGCUUUGGUACGACGUUGACCGCCGAACAGCAGAAUGCCUUGGAGCGGAGGAAGCAAGAGGAGCAGUACCUGAUGGCCAGACAGAAGGAACAUCUCGCACAGCAACAGGCCAUGAUGAAGCAAAUGCAAUUCCAGGGACUGCCCCCCACUAUGCACCCCCAUCAGCUCCAGCAUCAUUCGAGCGCCCACAGUCUUCACAGCCAGCCCAGUUUCGGUAGCAUUGCUUCGCCUGUUGGUUUCCAACCAUCGCCAAUCCAGGGACCCAUCCAGCAGCAGCAACAACAACAACAGCAGCAGCAGCAGUCGCAGCCGCAGCCGCAACCUCUUGGUGGCUUCUUCGACGCCGCCGGUCCGAUAAGGCAGAGCGCCCUGCCCAACGUUGGUCCUGGGAUGAUUGGGACUGAGCUAGGCGGCAGUCAGGAUCAGCUCCCUGCCCUUCUGGAGCGUCUGAACGUCAACCGACCGGAUCCGUUCGCUUUUGGCAGUGCAGCGCCCUUUGCCACUCGGCAGCCGGACAGCCUAUUCCAUCAACAGCAGGUUGCCACCAUGCUCCAAGAUCGGGCUCAGCUGCAACAGGAGCAAGAACAAUUUGACAGCACUCAAGGUGACAACUUGUUCGACCAACAGGCCCGUGAAGAACGGCUCCGCCAGUUCCAUGCUUUGAGGGCACAGGAAGAUGAAUUCGGCAUGCGCACUGCUGAGGGACUUCCCACUCAUCCAACCACUGGUCCUUCUCCCCCGCCGGAAGCCGAGUCGGUCCAGGAUGUUGACCUCGACUCCCCCCCGGUGGACGCAGAGCAACCUACUGUAGAAGACGAAGAACCGAUCCUCACUCUUUCCCAGCAGGUUCAGAAGGCUGCAUCCGCUCAGAGACAGCAGCAGGAGCAGCAGGAGCACGAACAGCAGCAGAGCCAGGCCGCGAAUGACGCAGCAUGGGCCGUCAAGGGUGAUCCAGCCAUGCCCCAGCCGUUCCCUCCCCCACCGUCCGCAUCGCCGCUCCCAGCUCCCGCGGCACAGCGCAGCCGUCAGAAUGUUGCGGAAUCGCUCGCAGCCAACUCGAGAUCUCAGACCCAGACUCCUGUGGAAGCCCCUGCCACGUCCAUUGCCCCAUGGGCCAAGGAGGCGCAUGAGGUGCCCAAGGGACCGUCGCUGAAGGAGAUUCAAGAGGCCGAGGCUCGGAGCGCUGCUCAGAGAGAAGAACUGGCUGCCGCUGCUCGUCGGGCUCAACUGCUCGCAGAGCAAGAGCGUCUUAGCCAGGCUCAAGUCCAGACGCCUGGUCUCCCAUCGACUGCCAACUGGGCCAGUGCUGGAUCUCCGUCUACUCCCGCGUCCACCGGGUCGGUGUGGGGUAACAACAAGGCCCCGGCCACUGCUACCGGCGGUGCGAAGAAGACCCUCGCGCAGAUUCAGAAAGAGGAGGAGGCUCGUAAGCAGCGUGCCGCUGCCGCUGCCGCUGCCGUCGCUGCUCAGAGUGCCGUUGCCGCAGCGCCCAGCCCCCCAGCCCCAUCUUCUACUGGCAAGCGGUAUGCGGAUCUGGCUAGCAAGGCUCCUGCUCCUGCUGCUCCGACCACUCCCGCCACUACGGGUGCUUGGACCACCGUGGGUGCCGGCGGUAAGGCCCGAGCUCCUCCCGCUGCUCCCUCCGGACCGCGAUCGACCACCGCAACGACUCCUUUGGCGGCCUCUCCCGUGAAGCCCAAGCCCGCUACCAUUUCCACUCCGCGUGCCGUUUCCGUGAACACCGUGACCCCGGCCAACCCUAACCGCGCCGUCGAGGAGUUCACCAAAUGGGCCAAGCUGGCACUGGGCAAGGGGUUGAACAGCAACAUCAAUGUGGAUGACUUUGUUCAGCAGCUGCUAUUCCUGCCGGCCGAAGCGGAGAUCAUCUCGGACUCGGUGUAUGCCAACUCGCAGACGCUGGAUGGCCGCCGAUUCGCCGAGGAGUUCAUCCGUCGUCGUACCUUGGCCGACAAGGGCAUCGUGGAUCCCGUCGCCGCCAGUGCAUUUGCGGAGAAGAGUAGCGGUGGAUGGAGUGAGGUGGCCAAGAAGGGAUCGUCGAAUGCGCACCGGGAAGAGGAUAGCAGCAAUGCCGCGUUCAAGGUUGUUGCUCCUCGCAAGAAGGGCAAGCGGUGAUUGUGAAUAGUGGCAUAGCUCCUUGUGAAUAUUUGCCAGAGAUGUACUAGUAGUUUUUGCAUUCCGCAUGAUUGGUGAUUGAAUGGUGAUGAGUUGCAUGCUUACGUUUGCUUCGUAGAUGUCCUCGUAUACCUCCAGUAGGACUUUCCGAGGUGGAUUGCCACUGGCUUGAAUUGUAUAGGGAUGUUUUAAGUUGGGUCCACUGAUCCAG